UUAAAUAUAAACAGCGCAAUGUGGAGUUGCUAGGAAAAAUAAACCUAUCUACUAAUUCCCUGCAGAGUAUUUUCGUUCUAUCCUUGUCACGACGAGUGCUUUCUUCAUGCUGAACAAUCACGGGUAAUCCAAGUUAUCUUUCACAGGCACCGCAUUGCUCCUAUCCUGACUACAAUAACUUGCAGAAAAUUGUCAAUUUACUUUAAAUUGUUAUAGUUUUUAAAUUUAAUAUUGUUAAAAAUGUAUAAACGUGUAGCAACUGGUGGUACGAUGGUAUUGGCGAAAAACCUAGGAUUUCUCAAAGAUCAUGCGUUUGCGAGGAUAGGAAGUAAAAUGUUUGGUUCGGCGGUUCAACAUUCUCGCUACAGGCCCUUAACACCAAUAAACACCAUCAUAAUGUUCGUCCCUCAACAACAGGCAUGGAUUGUAGAACGAAUGGGGAAAUUUCAUAAAAUUUUAGAACCUGGUCUGAACAUAUUACUUCCUGUUAUUGAUAGAGUUAAAUACGUACAAAUAUUAAAAGAACUGGCAAUAGAUGUACCACAACAAAGUGCGGUUACAUCAGACAACGUGACUCUAAGUAUUGACGCAGUAUUAUACUUGAGAGUAACAGAUCCUUAUUUAGCUUCUUAUGGUGUUGAAGAUGCAGAAUUUGCUAUAAUCCAAGUAGCCCAAACUACAAUGAGAUCUGAAUUAGGAAAGAUAUCAUUAGAUAAAGUUUUUAGGGAAAGGGAGGGAUUAAAUGUUUCUAUAGUUGACAGUAUCAAUAAGGCCAGUGGAGCAUGGGGUCUAACAUGUUUGCGAUAUGAAAUACGUGAUAUAAGAUUACCACAAAGAGUUCAAGAGGCAAUGCAAAUGCAGGUAGAAGCUGAACGUAAAAAACGUGCCGCUAUAUUGGAAUCUGAAGGUAUUAGAGAGGCUGAAAUCAAUGUGGCUGAAGGCAAACGGCUAGCACGAAUUUUAGCUUCAGAAGCUGCAAGGCAAGAACAAAUAAAUAAGGCCACUGGAGAAGCUGCAGCAGUAGUGGCAGUGGCGGAGGCGCGAGCAAAGGGAUUGCAAGUUGUGGCGAAUGCUCUCGGCACGUCGGACGCAAAAAAUGCGGCUGCGCUUAAUGUGGCAGAGCAAUAUGUUAAUGCAUUCAAGAAAUUAGCACAAGUUAAUAACACAUUAAUAUUACCAAGCAAUGUGGGAGAUGUAUCAACGUUUGUUGCACAGGCUAUGGCAAUUUAUAAACAAGUAAUGCCGGAACAUAGUACCAAUAAAGAACAAGUCAACCAAGUGACGGGUGAUUAUGAUUCUGAUACUUCAGUUCAAGUGCAAAAAUCUGACGAAGUUUAUGAAUAUUUUAGUGAUAAAGAAGAAGCGGAAAAGCAUAGGAGAAAAGGAAAACAAAAGCCUCAAUUAUCAUAAAUAUUUGUAUCUAAAUAUAUUUUCAUAUUUCCAUCUAUAGUGUUUAUUACAGCAUUGCAAUGUAAAUAUCAUUUAUUAAUUU